AUGGCAAUGGAUCCCGACGCGCCCCCGACGACGACCGACCCUUCGCCCUCUCUCUUCCGCUGGAUCCUCGGCUUCCUCCUUGUCGGCGCCUGUUGGGGGCUUACGACCCCCUUCAUGCGCAGAGCAGCAAUCAACUACACGCCGCCGACACGACCCUCGCUGACGGACCCAAGAAAUUCGUGGCUGAAGAAAAAGGCGCUGGGCAUAUGGUACGCGGUGAUCGGGGUUCUGAGCCGGCCAGCAUAUGCAAUUCCGUUGCUGCUCAAUGUCACAGGAAGCGUGUGGUUCUUUGUCUUGAUUGGCAAGGCGGAGCUGAGUUUGACCGUGCCGAUCACAAAUUCUCUGGCGUUUUUGUUCACGGUGCUUGGAGAAUGGUGGGCAGAGAAGAAGGUCAUCAGUAGAGAUACCUGGAUAGGGAUGGCGUUUGUGCUCGGAGGCAUAGCGUUAUGCGUACAAAGCAAGUCGUAA